AUGCCACCUCGGCCACUCCUGACAGCCCAGCACUGUGUAGGCCAUGUCCACCUCAUCAUCGGCUCGAAUCCUCUCGCCGCAGCACGCGCUUCCUCUUCCAUCGCAGCGGGCGCAAAACCAAUUCUCAUCUCCCCUUUACCAUCCUCUAUCCCAACCUCCCCAGAAGAAAACGAGGAGCAGCCACAACAACUCCAACAACCCCAACCCCAACAUCUCCACUACAGCCUAACAACCCUCAUAACCUCCGGCGCCCUCACCCACAUCCCACGCGCCUUCCAACCCGCCGACCUCUUCACGCACGGCCGCCCCGAAGUCGACCACAUCGUCGACGCCGUCUUCAUCACCACCCCUCCCUCCCCCACAACAACCCCAUCCGCCACCAGCACAACCCCCGCCUCCCAAAUCGCCGCCCUCUGCGCCCGCAACCGCAUCCCCCUCAACGCCCUCGACGCACCCACCCUCUGCUCCUUCAGCCUGCUGAGCGUGCACGUCGACGGGCCGCUGCAGAUCGGGGUUACCACCAGCGGGCGCGGGUGCAAGCUGGCGGGGCGCAUACGGCGCGAGGUGGCGGCGGGGUUGCCGGUGGGGUUGGGGGAUGCGGUGGAGAGGUUGGGGGGGUUGAGGAGGCGGUUGCCGGCCGAGUUGAAUAAGCUGGUUCUGGAGGGGGAUGCGGAGGCUGCGCGGACGAGGAGGAUGCGGUGGCUGACGCAGAUGUGUGAGUACUGGCCGUUGAGGCGGUUGGCCGAGGUUAGUGAUGAGGAUGUGGAGAGCAUUUUGAAGUCGUACCCUGGCGGUCCGGGGGCGACGGGGGAAGGGCCUGUGAGGCUGGAUGGUGCGAGGGUGCCGGUUGGGCGCGUCAUUCUCGCGGGCAGCGGACCCGGCCACCCGGACCUGCUCACCCGUGCGACGUACAAGGCGAUCCACGCCGCCGACAUUAUCCUGGCCGACAAGCUCGUCCCUGCGGGCGUGCUGGAUCUCAUCCCGCGCCGCACGCCCGUGUCCAUCGCGCGCAAGUUCCCCGGCAACGCGGACCGCGCACAGGAGGAGUUCCUCGAGCAGGCGCUUGACGGGGUGCGCGCCGGGAAGACGGUGCUGCGUCUCAAGCAGGGCGACCCGUACAUCUACGGCCGCGGUGGGGAGGAGCUCGCCUUCUUCCGCCAGCAUGGCUUGGGCGACCGCGUGGUUGUCCUCCCCGGCAUCACCAGCAGCCUCAGCGCACCGCUGUUCGCCGGGAUCCCGCCCACGCAGCGGGACGUGGCGGACCAGGUCCUGGUGUGCACGGGCACGGGCAAGAAGGGCAAGGCACCGCAGCCGCCCGAGUUCGUGGAGAGCAGGACGGUGGUGUUUUUGAUGGCGUUGCAUCGGAUUGGCGGGUUGGUGGAGGAGUUGACGGAUUAUACCGAGGAAGAACAGGGAGUUGGCCAGGAGGGGCAGACAGAGUCACCAGAGCGGCAAGGACGGAAGAGGGCGCUCUGGCCGUUCAACACCCCCUGUGCGGUUAUCGAACGGGCGAGUUGCCCAGAUCAGCGGGUCAUCAGGACGACGCUGAGGUUUGUGGCCGAGGCCAUUGAGCAGGAGGGGAGUAGGCCACCUGGGUUGCUUGUUGUUGGCCGUGCCUGUGAGGCUUUGUACACACCGGAGAAAGGCCGGUCAUGGGCCGUGGAGGAUGGGUUUAAAGGGAUAGAUUUGGAUUUAGAGGGCAGCUUUGGGGCUGGCGGGUUUGGGAUUGCAGGAAUGGCCUAA